CUGGUGGUGGCUGCUUGGUCCGGGGUUGGUUUGUGUUACCCGUCUGUGUGUGUCGUGCAGAUCGGGGCGGUCCUGACUCGUUUGUUUCUUCCCCGUAGGUUUUUUGCUCUGACUUAUCUGCGCUUGCUGUUCCUGGUUGCGUUUACCCUCAUAGUAGUAGUUUGUCUAGAUCAGUGGAAGAACAGAAUCUGGCCUGAAAUUGGAGUGGCAAGACCUGACGAAUUAGACAAUGAGAGCUGGGGAUACGUUCACCCUCGGCUGCUCGGCGUGCCAGAACUCUGUCACCAUUUGGCUGAAGGAUGGGUGGCUGGGACCAACUUCUUAAGUAAUCUCUUCAUUUUCAAGAGGCAAAACCCCGGAAAGUUCUGCCUUCUAGUGUGUGGAUUCUUUACUUUCCUGGCGGUCCUGGGCCGGUACAUCCCUGGACUCCUGCUCUCGUACUUGCUGUUGCUCUUCAUCCUGCUGUGGCCCCUUGCCGUGUACCACAGACUGGGGCAGCGCGUGUACAUGAAGCUGGAGCCAGCUCUGCAGCGGCUGGAUUUCAGCGUUCGAGGCUACAUGAUAUCAAAGCAGCGGGAGAAGCAGUUGCGUCACCGAUCCCUCAGUCAGGAGGCUGUGGAUGAUGGGAGUGACAGUGAAGAGGAGCUCGCUGCGUUCUGUCCCAAGCUGGAUGACUCUGUGGUCGCCAAGGAACUAACCAUCUCUGACUCGGAGCACUCGGACGCAGAGGUCUCCUACACAGAGAACGGGAUGUUUAACCUGUCGAGGGGCCAGACUCCCCUGACGGAGGGGUCGGAAGACCUGGAUGGUCACAGCGACCCCGAAGAAUCUUUUGCCCGGGAUCUCCCCGACUUCCCUUCCAUAAACCCGGAAGCAGCUGGCAUAGACGACGAGGAUGACACCAGCAUUGGGAUCCCCAGCCUGGCUUACCGCCCUCAGCUGACAGAAGACCUGCAUCUCCCGUACGAGCAGGAGGAGUCGGGCGCGCUGCCGUCUGUACAGAACCUCACCCACAACAUAGCCGGCUUCGUCACCAGAGGCAUGAUACAGCUGGCGCUGUCAGGGGCCCCUCAGCCGGGCCCCUCGCGCGGAGACAAUCCCCAGAGAGGUGCAAAGACUUACCUCAGAACGGCCAGCUCGGACUUGGACACGGAUGCCGAAGGGGAUGACUUUGAGCUGCUGGAUCAGUCCGAGCUGAACCAGCUGGAUCCUGCUGGCUCACGGGGCCAGUAAGAAGCCCACCACUUCCCUCUGGUUUUCUAUCGUGCGUCGUGGAGGGAACCCUGGAAGGAAAAGCCUUGCACAGUUACCUAGGUCGUCUCCUGUGUGAGUAUGAGUGACGUGACAGCCAGCCCUGGCUGGGAACACCACUGUGACUUGUGACUCUGUAGCCUCGCUUGGAUUUUAAAAUAAACUACACUAGUAAUUCAUAGGGAAAA